AUGGGUGAAAAAGAGCAUACGGACACAAUGCAGACCCUUGCCAGGGUUUGUCAAAGGCUCAGCAAGAUUAGAAAACAUCUCAAUGAAGAUGACACUGACAAUAUUAACCAGAUCAUCAGCUCAAAGUCGUCUGAAGCUUGUCUUUCAUAUAUGAUGGACUUCGAGAAGAAAGGGGACCCUCACUUAGAUCCUAACCAUUUUGCUCGACUCAUUAGUUUUUAUACCAGAGUGUUUUCAAACAUGCCUCUUGGAUUACACUGUCAAAAUGAAAGCUAUGCCAGGAUGUUGAUCAGAUUUGCAGAAUUGAAAGCAAUUCAAGAUGUAAAUGAGGCUGAGGCCAACUUCAACGUGGCAAGAUCUCACAGCCAGAACUUUGCAUUUGUCCACAUUGCUCAUGCAGAGUUUGCACAUUCUCAAGGCAACGCCAAGCGAAGUGCUGAAAUACUGCACAAUGCCAUUGAACUGGGUGCCAAACCAAAAGCACUACUUCAGGCGGCCUUGCAAAGAUUGGAGGCAGGAAAAAAACACAUUUUUCCUGUUGACAAGGAAAACGACCCAUCAUAUUCAAACUCCACUGCACAUAAUGUUGUCAAAAAAGACUCUGACAUCCAAAAAUCAAGCAGAAUAUCAGAUGGAAUGGGUGAAUUGCAUCUGUCAAGCAUUUUCAGUUCACGUUACAUCUCCAGGCAAACAUCCAGUUCAAACACGACCGCAAUGCUUGGACGAGCCUCGUCAAAGAAAGCGACUGUUGAUGACUUUGUCAACUUUCCGACACCAUCUGUCAGUCCAGAAAGUGACCCCUGGGGGAAUCAGGGCUCUGUGGAGUCCACGACCACUUCUCUUCAUACACUUGAAACAAAGAACACCCUGAAAUUAGACGAUGUAACUUCCAGUUUUGAACAACUCAUCCUUUCAAAUUCCCCUGAGACAUGUUGGGCUUACCUGAUUAACCUUGAAAAAAGAGGCAACCCUCAUACAGACAUCACACUUCAUAAUAAACUCAAGGACUGUUAUUUUAAAGUCUUUUCACGCCUGCCCAUAAGAAAUUUCAGCAAGAACGAGACCUAUGCAAAAAUAAUGAUAAGAUAUGCAGAACUCAAGGGCAUUGAUGACCCUGAUGAAGCUGAAGACCAUUUCAUAGUUGCGAGAGCCAACUGCAAAUCCUUUGCAUUUGUUCAUAUAGCACAUGCUCAGUUUUUGGCUUCUCAAGGAAAUGUGAUGAAGGCAACUUCUGUACUGCUUAAAGCCCAGUCAUUAAAUGCUCAGCCAGCUGAGCUGCUUGAAGAGGCCCUGCAGAACCUUAAAGCUGGAGAGAAGCAACUUGUUUUCACCAAGAAGGAACACUUCGCCACAGAACCCCAGCUCGCUGCUAGGGUUGCAGUGAACGAAACAGUGGAAUACCCCAAACCUGCCAGCAAGGAGAGUGUAUCAACUGGAGAGUGGAAGAUGCCGACAAUGAAGGAUAUUUCUCCAGAGAUGAAACGUGACACACCACCUUAUUCCGAACCAGCUCCUUCUGUGUUAAAAUCCGUCCCGACUCCGUCUCUGCUUCAAUCAAAAUUAGAUCCACAGACACCAGAUAACUACAGAAAACCAUAUGCCAAUAGCUUUAUUACUCCUAUCGUCAAGAGAGACCCUGCAGUAUUGUAUUCAUCCACAAUAUCAGCACAUAGACGAGGACCUGUUCAGAAGCCACACACACCUCUGAACCAAUUAGCUGGCUCUCACGCAUUACAGGCUCCCAUCAAUUCACUGUCAAAUGAAUCCAUUACCAUUAAAGGCAAGCAGUUCUUCAUUCUUAAAAUGAUUGGACAAGGUGGAUCCAGCAAGGUGUACCAGGUCUUGGAUCAUAAAAAACAGUUGUUUGCUGUGAAAUAUGUAAAUCUUGAGGACGCAGAUGCUCAGACAGUGGAAAGUUAUAAAAAUGAGAUAGAACAUCUGAACCACUUGCAGCAAUACAGUGAUCAGAUCAUAAAGCUCUAUGACUUUGAAAUAACAAACAGCUAUAUUUAUAUGCUGAUGGAGUGUGGUAAUUUGGAUCUUAACACUUGGUUGCGGAAACGAACCACUGUCAACCCACUUGAGAGGAAGUUCUACUGGAAGAACAUGCUUGAGGCUGUCCAAACUAUCCACAAACAUGGUAUUGUCCACAGUGACUUGAAGCCAGCUAAUUUUGUCAUUGUCAAUGCAUCACUGAAGCUAAUUGACUUUGGCAUUGCGAACCGUAUUCAACCAGACGUGACGAGCAUCAUGAAGGAUUCCCAAGUUGGAACCUUGAACUAUAUGCCACCUGAGGCAAUUAAAUACACUUCAUCCCAGCAUGGGAAAGCAUGUUCAAAAAUUAGUCCAAAAGGUGAUGUGUGGUCUCUUGGGUGUAUACUCUACUGUAUGACGUACAAAAAGACCCCAUUCCAAAGCAUUACCAAUCAAAUCACCAAGCUACACGCCAUCAUCGAUCCCAGCCAUCAGAUCGAAUUUCCUGACAUCUCAGAGAAGGAGUUGCUGGAUGUGUUGAAGAGGUGCUUGGUUCGAAAUCCCAGAGACCGCAUAUCUAUUGCAGAACUGCUAGAGCAUCCAUACCUACAACUGAAUCCACAGGAGUCGCAAGAACCAGAACGUCGAUGCAACGGUGAUCUGCAGAAAAUCCUUAUGGAUCUUGCAGCGCUUCAAUCUCCCAACACCAUUGUCAGAGCUGCGAAUAAUCUGGCCAAAAUGUGCAGCAGUGGCAGGAAGCUGGAUGUGGCAGAGUGUGCUAAGCCAAUUUAA